CUUCUCGCGGUGCCUCAGCUACGCGCGGGCCCUUCCGCCCCCGCACCCCGCUCCUGAAGUACUGAGGUCGCUCGCGACCCCCAACGCCGCGAAGGAGGGGCUCGGCAGAGGAGCGCGGGCUGGUAGACAAAAAGAUGCCACGGAGAAAGAAAAAAGUUAAAGAAGCCUCUGAAGCCCAGAUCCUGGAGAAGAAAGAUGCAGAAACUACCAGUUCUGUCACUGUCAAGAGGAAGCGUAGACUUGAGAGUGCAUUCAUUGUGAUAUCUGAUAGUGAUGGAGAGCAGGAACCAAAGGAGGAGAGUGGAUUGCAGAAAACGAAGACAAAACAGUCGAAUAGAGCAAAGUGUCUGGCUAAAAGAAAAAUUGCACAAAUGACAGAAGAAGAACAGUUUGCUCUGGCUCUCAAAAUGAGUGAGCAGGAAGCUAGGGAGGUGAACAGCCAGGAGGAGGAAGAAGAGGAGCUCUUGAGGAAAGCCAUUGCAGAAAGCCUGAAUAGUUGCCGGCCGUCUGAUGCUUCUGCUACCAGAUCUCGACCUCUGGCCACUGGACCGUCUUCACAGUCCCACCAAGAGAAAACCAAAGACUCUGGGACCACUACAGGCAUAUGGCAGCUGGUACCUCCAUCACUGUUUAAAGGCUCACAUAUCAGUCAGGGAAACGAGGCUGAGGAAAGAGAGGAGCCUUGGGACCACACUGAAAACACUGAAGAGGAACCGGUCUCUGGCAGCUCAGGAAGCUGGGACCAGUCAAGCCAGCCAGUGUUUGAGAAUGAGAACGUUAAAUGUUUUGACAGAUGUACUGGCCACUUGGCUGAGCACACACAGUGUGGGAAGCCACAGGAAAGUACUGGGAGGGGUUGUGCUUUUCACAAAGCUGCCCAGGGUAGGGGGGACACAUCUAGGCACUGUCUGCCUACCCCAGCAGAUACCAAAGGUCUCCAGGACUUUGGGGGCACUGUGCACUACUUCUGGGGUAUUCCAUUCUGCCCUGCUGGAGUAGACCCUAACCAAUAUACCAAGGUCAUUCUCUGCCAGUUGGAAGUUUAUCAGAAGAGCCUCAAAAUGGCUCAGAGGCAGCUCUUAAACAAAAAAGAGUUUGGGGAACCAGUGUUACCUAGACCUCCUUCUCUGAUCCAGAAUAAAUGUGGCCAAGGAGAUCAGGCUAGUGAAAAAAAUGAAGGCAUCUCAGAAGAUAUGGGAGAUGAAGACAAAGAGGAGAGGCAGGAGUCUAGGGCAUCUGUCUGGCACUCAAAAACCAAGGAUUUCCAAGAAAGCCCAAUUAAAAGCUUGAAAGAGAAACUUUUGUUGGAGGAAGAACCAACAACCAGUCAUGGUCAGUCUUCCCAAGGGCUGUUUGUUGAAGAAACUUCUGAAGAAGGAAACUCUGUACCUGCCUCACAAUGCAUUGCUGCUUUGACUGGUAAGGGAAGCUCAGUCCUUAUGCCAGAGAGUUCUGCAGAAGAAAUCACUGUGUGUCCUGAGACACAGCUAAGUUCCCCUGAAACUUUUGACCUUGAAAGAGAAGCCUCUGCAGGUAGCAGAGAGACCCUGGAUGAAUUAAUAAUGGCAGAUAAGGAGGUUGGUAACAGGGAAGAUGCAGAGAAGGAAAUACCUACUUCUACCUUCUCAUCCACUACCCGGGUAUCCUGCCCAGUAUGUGGCCGAGGCUUUCCCCGCACAAAGAUCGAGCAACAUGCCAUGUACUGCAAUGGGCUGAUGGGGCAAGAUACAGUGCUGACACGGAGACAAAAAGAGGCCAAGAACAAGAGUAAGAGUGACAGUGGGACAGCUGCCCAGACUUUCCUAGACAUUGACAAGAAUGAGAAGUGUUAUCUCUGUAAAUCCCUGGUCCCACUCAGAGAGUACCAGUGUCAUGUAGAGUCCUGUCUCCAGCUUGCCAGGGGUGACCAAGGAGAUGGGCCUGAGGAGAGUGGGAGAGUAUGCUCAGCUGUGGAGGGGAAGCAGCGGCGGCGGCUGAGGAACCCAAAGGAAAAAGGUUGCAGUGAAGGCCGACUCCUCAGUCUGUUGGAACAGUCUGAGCACAAGACUGCAGAUGCAGAGAUGAAGACCAAGUCUUCACAAAUAGGAGCCUGCAGAUAUUCCUGCUAUGUUCGCUAUGCUGUGCUGCACCUCCAUGUCUGCUGCAGACCUACACACCAACUAAUGCCUCUGUAGGACAACCUGUGACCCUACACUGUUAGACCAACUGCUCUACACCAGUGGGACCUAUAACCUGGACUAUAAAUGGCCGAGAAAUUUGGUCUCAAAAACAGCAAGCAACUUCACAAUAUCAGAUAAUUUCUCUAUUACCCUGCCUUCUGCUACCCUCCAUGAUGGGGGCUGAUCUGGACUUCUACAAGCUAGUUUGUUAGGCCUAAAUGUUACCUUAUCUAAUAUUAUCUUUGAUGCUGUACAUAAUUUGCAAAAUCAAGUUAAUAACAUUUCAUAUUCUAAGGGGUUAUUUGAUUGGUUACCUUGGGGUUUGGGUCCUUUAUUGUGAGAUAGUUUUAUAAUUAUUAUAGUCAUUGGAUUUUGGAUUCUUGGAUAUGCCUUAUAUACUUGUGUACGAAGUUCAUUGUCUGUACAUAUGGUGUCUUAUGGUUAAUGGAGACGGCCACGGCUGAAUAUGUCUUGACAUAAGUACAGCCAUGUUUGGCCGCUCCAUUGACCUACAGCCACCAGCACAAAAAAAAAUAUAAAAGCUGCUUUCUGCGUGGUGGAAACUGGCCCUUCUCCCACGGAGGGAGUUGCAAGUUAUAGCAUUUCAAGGCUCUUGGAGCGUCGUAACACGGGAUGGACUGGCCAUCUGUGCCGGGCUAAGACAAUAACCAAAGAAAACAAUGCACGUACACAACUGCUGGGCUGGGACGCUAGCCAAGGGACUCAGUGCACGUACGCCACUGAUAACCAUGUGUGCAUGGGAACACUGGAUGCUUGCUCUGUAAACUCUGUAACUGCUUAUAUAAGCUGCUGGAGACUGAGACCCGGUGAGAGUUCCACCUGUGGAAGGGACACCUUGCCCAGGAUGUGUGAUCCUUGCCCAGCCGCGUCGAUUGACAGGGCUCUCCCGGCAGUGGGGCGUGGAUAUUGUGAGUAACUGAGUUGAUGUGAAUAACUGAUUUACUGUGAAGUAACUGAUUUGAUGUGUUCUCUUUUCGGUCAACCUGGUGUUUCUCUUUCCGGUUGAUUUGUGUCAUUUCCCUUCAGUCGAUCUGAUGUUUCCCUUUCCGAUCGAUCUGAUGUUUUUCCCUCUUAUUAUAUGACCUAUUCGGAUCUGCUGCUAU